AUGUCGUUUGAUUCCAGGAACGCUGGGUCAUUCAGCUCGAACAAUGCUAGGUUCAGAGCUUCGUUUUCCUCAACGAAGACAACUUCCAGCUCGAACACUAUGACCUCUUCAACGAUUCUAGAGCAACGAAAUUCCGAAGCGUAUGCGGGAGCAUCUUUUGAGGCUGUACCGAGCUCUAUCGUCUCAUUUCACCAUCCGCAUUCAUACAGGUCGGGUGCGUUUGGCAGCGUGGAUAUGCUUGAGCGGAGUCGCCGGAAUACUGGUUCAGAAUCUGUUCUACUCUCACCUGUGAGGUCGCGGACUUCUGAAAUCUCUCGGACACCUUCCCGGGCGACACACUUCCGGUUCUUUUCGGAGCAGCAGCUUGAAAAUGCAGAGGGUGCAGCCUCUACGUUGGAGUAUACGGACUAUGACACCGACUGGGAUGCAACUCCAGCGUAUGAACAAGAGCGGCUUCACAUGAACCCUCGCUCUUCGCGCUCGUCCUUGAGAAACGGUAGUGUUGGUCGCGGCCCCAGCUCCACUCGGGCACAGUCUAUUCAGUCAUAUGGUGCGAUGGAUAACCACAGGGGCCGUGCGCCAUACGAUGGCGGCUCACCGCGUUCUUCUAGCAGCUCGUCGCAAUACACGUUCCGUGAACGGAUACCGAUAGAGGUCGAGGAAGAAGUAGGGUCCGUAGAAUUGGCAGAUGAUAAUAUUUCGAGCGGUCACAGCGAUGCGGAGAGCGAAGAUGGACUACUCAACGAUGAUAAUAGAUUUACAAUAGAUGAAGUUUCUGAACCGCAGUACGUGAGCGGCAAAAAGGCCUACCAUGCGGAGUAUCUCAAGCCGCGCUAUCAUGAUAGAUUUUACCCGAGAAACGUACCGCAUCUACAUAUGCAGAGAUUUUACAUUGCAGAAGAGGAUAUGGUCGUGGGUAUUGCCGGCUACAGGACAUCUGCAUGGAAGACUUAUAUCUACAAUAUUUUUUGCUGUUUGACUUUGGGCAUGCUCUAUAUACUUUGCAAAUGGAUUCCACGUUAUAAGGUGAAGUUUUGUGGAUCGAAAACGUUUUUGGGCAAAGCAGAAUGGGUUGUUGUUGAGAACCAAUAUAGCGAGCUUUCGAUCAUCAACGUGAAGAGAAUUUGGUAUAACCGGCCCCUAAGUACUGUUUUGCCGUUGAAGAGGGGGUUGCUGAACUCAAGGCACUAUCAUCAUGAGAGUGAAGAAAAUCCGAACAUUCCGAUAUUAAUAUCCUUUGAAUACAGGUAUUUAACACUGAUUUACUCGCCUCUCACCGAUAUCUUCCAGACAAAUACGAAUUGGGCGGAUCCAGACUGGACUGAUCUCAGCUUGGUUUCGAGAGGGUUGCCUAACAAUAUACAUGAAGAUAGAAUGAUAGCAUUCGGCAAGAAUAGUAUCAACUUACGCCAAAAGACAACUUCACAAAUUCUUUUUGACGAAGCACUACAUCCGUUCUACAUUUUCCAAAUCUUUUCGAUUAUACUUUGGAUGUUUGACGCAUAUUACUAUUACGCCACUUGUAUUUUCAUUAUUUCCGUCCUUUCAGUUAUAGACACUCUAGUUGAAACCAAGCAGUCGUCCGAACGCUUAUCAGAACUCUCUCAGUUCUAUUGUGAUGUUCGUGUCUACCGGGAUGGCUUUUGGAGCCAGGUACCUUCUUCAGACUUGGUCCCGGGUGAUAUUUACGAACUAACUGAUCCAUCAUUAAGCCUUCUUCCCUGCGAUUCCAUCUUAAUAUCUGGUGAUUGCCUUGUUAACGAAUCCAUGUUGACCGGGGAAUCUGUUCCUGUUUCUAAGGUGGCGGCAACGAGGGAGACUAUGUUACAGUUAUUGGAUGAUUUCAUGGAUACCCAGCUUUCUAGCUUUGUUUCGAAAUCCUUCCUUUUCAACGGUACCAAACUAAUAAGAGUUCGUGCAACUGCAGGUCAGUCGAUUGCGCUUGGAAUGGUUGCACGGACGGGAUUCUCCACUACAAAAGGUUCGUUAGUGCGUUCUAUGGUCUUUCCAAAGCCAACAGGUUUUAAGUUUUAUGAGGAUUCAUUCAAAUAUAUUGGAUAUAUUAGUAUCAUAGCACUUUUCGGGUUUGCUGUCAGCUUUAUCCAAUUUUUACGACUAGGCUUGGACAAAAGAACGAUGAUUUUGCGAGCUUUGGAUAUUAUCACUGUUGUUGUCCCACCGGCCUUACCAGCGUCUCUCUCGAUUGGUACAGGAUUUGCGUUGAAUAGACUCAAGAAAAAAGGCAUAUUCUGCAUUUCACCUACACGAGUAAAUGUUGGGGGAAAGAUAGAUGUAAUGUGUUUUGAUAAGACUGGGACCUUGACUGAGGAUGGCCUAGACGUCUUAGGGGUACAUGUUGUCCAGCCUUUACAACAAGAAAUGAAAAUCAGCAAACUAGUUACUGAUGUGAAGGAUUUACUCCAAAGUUUGUCCUUGUCCGACUGUGUGUCAACCCGUGACAUGAAAGCUAAAAACUUUUUGGUCUCUCUCUUGACUUGCCACUCUUUGCGGAUGGUUGAUGGUGAGCUAUUGGGCGAUCCCCUUGAUUUCAAGAUGUUCCAAUUUACCAAGUGGUCGUACGAGGAAGAAACUGCUAAUCGCAAGUUUCAUUCUUUAUAUGAGGAGAGACAUGAUGGUAGUACGUUGCCUGAAAAUAGCAGUAUUGCACCGGCUAUCGUCCAUCCGUCAGGCAAUGAUGGCUUCAUAGAAAGUGAUCCUUCAAAUGUUAUUGGAAUUGUGAGAAGUUUCGAGUUUUUAUCAAACUUGCGCAGGAUGAGUGUCAUCGUAAAACCAUUCAGCGAGAAUGUGUUUAUGUCUUUCACAAAGGGCGCGCCAGAGGUGAUUUUUGAGCUCUGUAGCAAACAGACCUUGCCAUUGGACUACGAAGCGCUUUUGCACCAUUAUACACAUAAUGGCUACCGAGUCAUCGCAUGCGCGGGGAAAAAGCUCACAAGACAGUCAUGGCUUUACUCUCAAAAAGUCAGCCGGGAGGAAAUUGAGUCCAACUUGGAAUUUUUGGGCUUCAUUAUAUUUGAGAAUAAAUUGAAGGGCACUACCAAAGAGACAUUGGAAUCGUUGCAUCGCGCAGAUAUUCGUACAAUUAUGUGUACAGGGGACAACGUCUUAACGGCCAUUUCUGUUGGUCGUGAGGCUGGUUUGGUUGAGUCACCUAGAGUUUUUGUCUCUGUGAUAAAUGAUAUAGAUACAUCGCAGGAAGGAGAUAUCAUCACAUGGCAAAAUGUUGCCAAUUCAUCCGAUACAUUGGAUAGCGUAACACUGCGGCCGCUUUCAGGUGACACCGAUGACUACACAUUGGCUGUUACAGGCGAAGUGUUUCGCCUUCUAUUUAAAACGGACAAAUCUCAAAUAGAAGAAGUGAUCAACAACAUACUUCUAAAGACAUCAAUAUACGCCCGCAUGUCUCCGGAUGAAAAACAUGAAUUGGUUGAGAGGUUGCAGUCCAUUGGAUACCAGGUUGGCUUCUGCGGCGAUGGUGCGAAUGACUGUGGUGCCCUUAAAGCGGCCGACAUUGGUAUAUCUCUAUCCGAAGCGGAGGCAUCUGUUGCUGCGCCAUUUACAUCCCGCUUGUUUGAAAUCAGCUGUGUUUUGGACGUAAUGAAAGAAGGCCGUGCCGCGUUGGUCACGUCCUUCGCCUGUUUCCAAUACAUGAGCUUAUAUUCUGCCACACAGUUUGUUACAAUAUUGAUCUUGUACAGCCGUGGAUCUAACUUAGGGGACUUCCAGUUUUUGUACAUCGACCUCUUCUUGAUCGUGCCGCUAGCGGUGUUCAUGUCCUGGUCGAAGCCCUAUGAAGUAUUGGCCAAAAAGCGGCCAACCGCCAAUUUGGUUUCUCCGAAGAUAUUGAUUCCUUUGCUCGUGCACAUCGUGAUUUUGUUCGUGUUUCAGCUUGUCCCGUGGCUCGCAGUCCAGCAUAUGAAGUGGUACCGGCAGCCAGUCGUCGGCGACGACGAACAUGUGGCCUCCAGCGACAACACUAUCCUUUUCUUUGUCUCCAACUUCCAGUACAUCCUGGUCGCAGUCGUGCUUUCGGUAGGUCCGCCCUACCGCGAGCCUAUGUCGAAAAAUGUUGGCUUUAUUGCAGACGUCCUCGUGUCGCUUGUCGCGUCGUGUAGGAUCAUGUUCCUCUCGCCGGACUCGACCUUGGGCCGUCUCUUCCAGCUCACCGAAGCGUCUCAUCCAUUCUGCCUCUUGAUUAUAGGCUGGGUGUUCCUCAACUACUACGCCCAGCUCUACAUCCCUCCUGCAUUCAAAACGCUUUUCAAAAAGAAGCGCAGUUCUAAAAAGUACAAAAACAUCUUGCUGGACUACCAGCGGCUAGCUACUGCCUAA